CGCAGUCGCACUACAGGCACCAACCCAGGUCGUGCCGCCGUCGUCGUUUGCGCUCGCAGCACAACAAUUUCAUUAAUCUGAGUAGAAGCGUGCAGUGAAAAGCAUGUCCGAGCAAAUGGAGCAAGUAGGAUUACCACCCGGUUGGGAUUGUAAAUACGAUUCCAGAACAGGUCGAUACUACUACGUGAACCUGUUCACCAAAACAACGCAAUGGGAGGAUCCACGGGCCAGGAUUCGUCAGCUGCAAACUGGAGCACCACUUCACAUCUCUAACGACAGCAUUUCCAUGCAGCCAGUGCAUGGUUCUCCCUAUCAUGUGUACCCUUCAAGUAACUCGUUCUAUCCAGCCCAGGCCGCCUUCCAGAAUCCACCCUCCGGGGUACCUAGCCUUAAUGCUAGUCCCAACUUUGCACAAAGAAUGCAACAACAUCAGCAGCAACAGCAACAACAACAAAACAUCGAAAUGUCACCGAUGGUACGUUCCAGCCCACGGAUGGGACUCGGCCGUCAGGGCAUGGUGGAGACAACGUUCACCACGAACGUGACGGCAGCAGAAACCGAUCUAACGGUGGCUAAAAUUAACUCCAUGUUCCCAACCGUACCGGAAACCCACAUCCGGAUGCUGCUGAAGAAGUACUACAACCGUGAAGCGGUCGUAAUAAGCGCACUACAGGUGGAGAAACAUCCGCUCACGACACCGGGCCCCUACUCCACGCCACCGCUCGGCCACCGUCCGUUCCACAACACGGCGAUGGGUGUGGUGUCUGCGUUCCAGAUGACACCGGUGCUGGGUGGCGGACGCAGUGAAAUAUCAAGCUCCCGGACCGGGAGUCCAGUACCACGGCCGGCUAGCGGUGCUAGCGGUAGCUAUGCCGGUGGAUACGGAUCACCACGAAAUGGACCGGCGGACGGUUAUCGCAGCUCACCGAAACCGCACUCGUCGCCGAAGAUGAAGUUGAGAUACAUGAAGAGCAUCUUUCCGAAGGCGGAAGAAACACUCAUUCUCGACGUGCUGGCCAAUGCGGACAAUAAUGUGCAAACAGCUUCCCAGCAGCUGCUAAAGAUGGGCUACGAUAAGCGCGAGCAACCGAUUCCGCAGCGCAAUUCCGCUUCCCGCAAAGGCACGGGAACGUCGCAGGCUACGGAGGAUGACAAAAAGGAGGAACUGAAAACACCGACACCGAAGCUAAAGUCACCGGAGGAAAAGAAGAAAAUUAAAUCACGCCUGCAAACAAAGUACAAGGAUACGCCGGAGAAAAUCAUUCUGAUGGCACUGGAAAGCGUCGACUAUUCGGAGGAGCGCGCCAAAAAGAUACUUAACAUCGUGAUCCAGGAGGACAAGGAUAAGAAAAAGAGCGUCAAAAUUGAGGCACCGCACAAAUCCGAAGAGGAUAAGGAAAAUGCCCGCGGUGCUGGUGGUAGUGGUGGUGCAAGCGCUGGACCAAGUCGAAGCAACAGCACCGCUUCGUCACAACCCCGCACACCGCUGGCUAAACGUGCCCACGAUGGAGGUGUCCUUGUUGGUGCCUCACCGGGAUCAACAGCAGGACCAUCUUCCCAGGAUGGAUCGAUCACAGUGGAUGGUGCUACUAAAGCAAUGAACGAGCAGCAACAGGAAGCAACACCGGCUGUGGCACCGAAAAGCUCCGAUCCGGAAACGAGCUCACCCGACGGAACGACGGAACCAUCCAGCAGCGAUACUACGCCCGGCGAUGACUACACACCAUCACCCGACUACCCGAAGCUGCGGAAUGAUGGCGCGGCACGGAACGGUGUUGGCGCGGGCAAACAGAGCCGCCCGAAAGCCAAAACCGAUCACGCAAAGUAUUCUAUUUUUAGGACAUCCUCGUCGGAAGACGAAUCCAGCGACCAGACACCAGUCCAGAUGGAUGGCAAAUCACCGCAGCUAGCGUCAUCCCGCAUACCGACCAAGGGACCGAACAUGAAGCUGUUCAAAGGACCGAACGAUGAUUUGCUGCUCACUGACUACGUCACAUGGAAUGGCGCCAAUCCGGAUCUUGCCAAGGGCAGCCAGAAGAAAGCGACUGGGCCCGAUCGAACGAUUCGCACCGAGCGCGCGUACAAAGCGCACGGCCCCAAUGGGGAACUUUGCAAGGGUCCGGUCGGUUCGCUGGCCAAGGGAAGCAUGUACACGCAGCUGCUGAAAGCGGAUGUGAAGUGCAACUAGUUGU